AUGUCCUACUCCGCCAACACCAACGAGCCCAGCAAGGUCUCCGGCCAGUACCACUCCGUCAAGGGCACCACCGUCGAGACCAUCGGCGACCUGACCGGGCUCGACUCCUGGAAGUCCUCUGGCCGCAAGGAGCACGCCGAGGGCGAGACCGAGUACAACGCCGCCCAGGCAAAGCAGUACGUCGACGGUGCCGUUGACCGCGUCGACGGCAAGAUUGACACCGUCGUCGGCGCCGUCACCGGCGAUCGCGAGCAGGAGCUUUCGGGCAACGUUCGCCACGACAAGGGCCAGGCCCAGCAGGAGAUCAACAAGCCUAACGUGUAG